AUGGCUUCAUAUGGGCCUUAUUUGACAAAGGAGCAAGAGGAUGAGUUGCGGCAAAUCGCAAAUGCCAUUGUCACCCCAGGGAAGGGUAUAUUGGCUGCAGACGAAAGCAUUGGCAGCAUGGACAAAAAACUCCUACCUAUCGGUCUUGAGAAUAUCGAGGAAAAUCGAAGACAGUACAGAGAAAUUCUAUUUACUGCUCCUGAGGAAUGUGCAAAAUACAUUUCUGGAGUGAUCAUGUUUCAUGAAACCUUUUAUCAAAAGACGGCCGAUGGCACGCGAUUUGUGGAUGUAUUGAAGAGCCGAGGCAUUAUUCCUGGCAUCAAGGUUGAUAAGGGUGUAGUUCCUAUGGCUGGAACAGUCGGGGAAGGGACUACUCAGGGAUUGGAUGACUUGAACGCUCGCUGCGCGCAGUAUAAAAAAGAUGGUGCGCAGUUUGCCAAAUGGCGUUGUGUUCAUAAAAUUGGCCCCACCACACCUAGCCAUAUGGCUAUGGUUGAAAUCGCAGAGGUCCUUGCCAGGUACGCCUCUAUUUGUCAGCAGCAUGGAUUGGUACCCAUCGUUGAGCCCGAGAUCCUUCCCGAUGGUGAGCAUGACUUGGCACGUUGCCAGAAAGUUACUGAAGUCGUUCUUUCUUACGUCUACAGAGCAUUGAACGAUCAUCAUGUCUUUUUGGAGGGCACUCUUUUGAAGCCUAAUAUGUGUACAGCAGGUAACUUCUGUUUUUUAGGUAACAAGCCAUCGCAUGAAGAAAUCGCUUUAGCUACUGUCACCGCUUUGCAACGCUCUGUGCCGCCCGCUGUACCAGGUGUUGUGUUCCUCUCAGGUGGUCAGUCUGAGUUGGAUGCUACUCUCAAUCUUAAUGCAAUCAAUACCUGCCCGGGCAAAAAACCAUGGGCUCUGACCUUCAGUUACGGACGAGCUCUUCAAGCAUCUGUAUUGUCCACAUGGGCUGGAAAGCCGGAGAACAUUAAGGCAGCUGGAGAAGCUUUUGUUAAGCGUGCUCUCGCAAAUUCUCUUGCUUGCCAAGGCAAGUACACUGGUGGUGAUGCGGACAAGGCGGCUGCUGAAAGCCUUUACGUUGCCAAUCAUGCUUAUUAA